AUGACUGUGAUUGAGGACGCUGCCACUCGGCUGGAGAGGGAGCAUGUGCACAGCGUCUAUGAGAAGAUUGCUCCCUAUUUUAACGACAGCCGCGACAAGGCCUGGCCCAAGGUGCGCCAGUUCCUACUGGAGCAUGAGCCUGGCAGUAUCAUCGCUGACGUGGGCUGUGGCAAUGGCAAGUACCUGCACGUCAAUGGCAGUGUGUUCAAGCUGGGCUGUGACGUGUGUCUCCCCCUUGUGGACUUAGCUCGGAGCCAGGGCCACGAGGUGCAGCUGUGUGACUGCCUCAGGCUGCCCUACAGGGACAGCUGCUUUUACGGCGUCCUUUCCAUCGCAGGGUUGGCGUCAAUUCAGGAAGAAGAGAUGGCCUGCAAUCCCCAGCAGAGCCAGAGGCUGGGGUUCUUCUCGCGCUCCCUGGACUCAGUCUUUGACUUUGGCAGUCUGACCAUCUCCAGGGCCAACGACAACCACUCCCACUCCACAGAGAAGACCAGUGUCUCUACAGCCUUGGUCCAGGGAUGGAGCACACAGAGGGACCAGGGCAGCCAGGGGAGAGGGAAGCAGGCCCACCAGGAGACCUCAAACAGGACAGCAGUCAGAGCACCCAGGAACAGUGAAGGGGAGCCGGAGGCUGCCUCUUGUCUGUGCUAUUACCACGUGUUCCGGGAGGGCGAGCUGGCGGAGCUGAUCAAGGUCGAAGAGCUCCGCGUCCUUUACUCCUGCUUCGACCAUGCCAACUGGUGCGUGGUGGCCGAGAAGGUCCAGGUUUGGAAGAUAUGA